GGACGUAGUAUCCUGUCACGUAUCCCAAGAUGAAGACAGACACUAUUGCGGCCAGAGCCCCAGCUGCCUUCACUAUGAUGCCAAUCUUGCCAGUGCACAUUCUGAUAUAUAGCCUGAAUGCAACACACCGCAGAACGUUAUCUUACUCUCUGUAUCCAUAACACAAAUAGUAUGAACUCCUAAUCCUAGUGCUGAGACUCAUGUCAUAGGAAAAAAAACAAAGCUACACACACAGUACAUGAUUUGAUGCAGACUCAAAUUAGCUUGACUGAUGUGAGCAGAAAAUGUGGAGGAAUAUUUUUCAGGAAGAUUUUGCCGGGUCAGAAUGUCAAGGUACUACUGGAUCAAAACAUACUCACCUUGUCAUGGGGGACUGCGACGCCUCCACGUUCAUGUUGAUGUUGUCCUCAUUCCAGCGGUUGUAUUGCACACUGCCAGCACCGGUGGGUUCCAUGGGGGAAGUCUUUAGUCUCUUCUGCAGCCAGUCUUUUAUGCCUGUGCACAAGAACUUACAUCAGGUAAUCGAAAACAUGCCUAUUUAAGAACACCAUUGCGAUCAUGAAUGUGUGGAACCUGCCUCUGGGAUUUUGAAAGCCUGUUUUAUGAGAGCGUUAGUGGAGUCGCUACACGAAGUUCAAGCGUUGACUCCGCAGGCCAUAAAUUCAUUUGGUGUCCACUACUUGCAUGCCCUACUGUAUGUUCUUACAACUUGCUACGACAAAGUCCAAUCCAGCUCUGGGUGCUUAACCCUUGUUGGUGUCUACUUCAAACACUUUAAUGGUGCAAUAAGUGGACUUUGACUCAAAAUGGUAUUUGAGGUUGAGCAGUGUGAUUAAGAUUGUCGUCUGCUGUUUUUCCCCUUUACCGUACGUCUGUAAAGUGACUUGGAAAAUGGCCAACCAAAAUAGUGACAACGGAAUUGGAAGAUUUUAUGAAUCUUUCCAUGGGAACUGAAUUUUGGACACUUCAUUGGAAUUCAGGAUGUUAGUUAAAGGGAAUUAACUGGAAAUGUUGGGUAAUAUUUACACACAUCAUGAAGAAAAUAAAAAAUAUUUAAGUGUAAGCUAUGUAUGUUUUUGUUAAAAAGGUGGAACACUGAAGAUUAAAUACAAAUGAACACAAUUAAAGACGAACAAGAUAUCCUGUCAAAGUCCAUUAAUUCCCAUAAAACUUUCCAAAUAUCCCAGCUGUGCGCCAGGUCUUGAAAUAAUUGCCUUCCCAUAGACAUAUGCCACAAUUUUGCCUCAUGCUUCUCUCAAAAGGCUUGUGACAUCAGUGUAAAUGUGUGUAUGAUUUCAAGACAAACAUUUCAGUGUGCACUGCCAUUAUCUGCUCUGAGUCAGAUGGCCAACCUUUGGAACAAGCUAACAAGCUCCAGGUUGAGCAUAGCAUAACCCUGAUCUAUGUACGGUAACCAGAAAUAAAUAACAUCUCAGCUGUUUGUAAAACCACGCGGAAUGACCAUAAAGUAUACCUAUGACAAUAUAAAUGAGAUGCACUGCUACGGUAUUACCAGCAUUUAACGGGAAAGAGUUUUCUUCGAGUGCUAUGAUUUCAUUCGUCACGCCACUGCUGCCGACAUGCGACUUGACAGGGUGGUGGGCUCUUAACAUGAAUCUGCUGUGCCAUUUGCUUCAAGGGCUUGUUGGUGCGUGUGGAAUCUCUGUGCUCGGCUCCCUUCUCAGAGUGCGCUUGUAUGUUGAGGAGGAAAGCUGGAGUGACAAAGCUGCAUCUCGUCAGAGGAGGGUUAAAUGUGGAUUGGUGAGGAAUAUGCACUUUGUCUUUGUGCCUGGGAUUCUGGCUGCUGUCGGUUCGCGUGUGGCCUCACUGGUGGUGCUGGAAUUUUGUCUUCGAGCUGUCUCUGAUUGGAUUGCACGGGGACUAGACUCUCUAAAGUUGCUCCAGUGGCUCAUGAUUCAAAGCCAAUUCUCCCUGGGAUGUGCCCUUGGCUGCACACUACAACUCCUCCACAAAGGCGCUCCGCAUCGCUGGCUGUGCUCGCUGCUGGCUGCAGCGCUCGGCUAUUGGCUGGCCAGGAAGGCCUCGGCCUUAGAGUGGCACGUCGCGACUCUUUACAAGCUGCACAGCUCGCAACGCUACUGCGGCAUUUGCAUCACCCUGCUGACAUACAGCCGCGGCCCUCUGUUACUUCCCGUGCUGACAGCUCUAGUGAUCAUCAAUCAAUUCUUUCUGUCCGCAACAGAAGCACUUCGGUUUUGGACACCGCUUACGAUCUGUUACAGUCUGCUGGUGGUGUACAUGCAGGACGAGCAACAUGAUCUGCCAGCAAAACAGGCGCUGCUGAUCUCAGUGGUGGUGCGUCUCGGUGCAUUGAUGGUCCUGAUGUUGACUGUUGGACGCUGGGCUGAUAUACUCCACAUUCUUGUGUGUUUCCUGGGUGAGGCAAGCUGUCUGAUCCCCGCAACAGAUCUCCUGAAUGCAACCUCCUCACAGGAAUGAACAUAAUAGAUUUUUAAGGAUUCCCUUGGCCAGAUGGAGUGCAUUGUGAGAAUGUGACCAGCAGAGGUGCUGUUCGAGUAGAGUA